GGCCGGCCCGGCCGCCAGUGCCAUAUAGUAUGCAGCAACCGGAGGAGUCACGUUGGGGGAACGGCAGAAAGCAGCUAUCCGUUUACACUACUUUGCUCUAGCAGCUAUCUUAAUGAUUGCAAGUGCGGCGGACAUCAAGCAGGAGAAUGGGAUGGAAAGCGCCUCUGAAGGGCAGGAGGCGCACCGAGAAGUGGCGGGGGGCGCGGUGGCGGGGCUGAGCCCCCCGGCUCCAGUCCCUUUCCCCCUGGAGCCGGGGGACGCCGUGGCCGCCGCCGCCAGGGUGAGUGGAGAGGAAGGGGCAGUGGCGGCGGCGGCCGGAGCGGCGGCGGAUCAGGUACAACUCCACUCGGAACUUCUGGGCAGGCACCACCACGCCGCCGCCAGCACCACCGCACAGACCCCGCUGGCCUUCUCGCCGGACCAUGUCGCCUGCGUGUGCGAGGCGCUGCAGCAGGGGGGCAACCUGGACCGCCUGGCCCGGUUCCUGUGGUCCCUGCCCCAGAGCGACCUGCUACGUGGCAACGAGAGCCUGCUGAAGGCGCGGGCGCUCGUGGCCUUCCACCAGGGCAUCUACCCUGAGCUCUACAGCAUCCUCGAGAGCCACAGCUUCGAGUCGGCCAACCACCCGCUGCUGCAGCAGCUCUGGUACAAGGCGCGUUACACCGAGGCCGAACGAGCCCGCGGCCGGCCGCUGGGCGCCGUGGACAAGUACCGGCUACGCAGGAAAUUCCCCCUGCCCCGCACCAUCUGGGACGGCGAGGAGACGGUGUAUUGUUUCAAGGAGAAGUCGCGCAACGCGCUCAAGGAGCUCUACAAGCAGAAUCGCUACCCUUCGCCCGCCGAGAAGCGGCACCUGGCCAAGAUCACCGGCCUCUCCCUCACCCAGGUCAGCAACUGGUUCAAGAACCGCCGGCAGCGCGACCGGAACCCCUCGGAGACCCAGUCCAAAAGUGAAUCAGAUGGAAAUCCCAGCACUGAAGAUGAAUCCAGCAAGGGACAUGAAGAUUUGUCUCCUCACCCACUCUCAGGUUCAUCAGAUGGUGUCACCAACCUCAGCCUUUCCAGUCACAUGGAGCCAGUAUAUAUGCAACAAAUUGGAAAUACUAAGAUACUAAGCUCUUCUGGAGUUUUGUUGAAUGGAAGCUUGGUACCUGCAAGUACUUCACCUGUCUUCCUUAAUGGUAAUUCUUUUAUUCAGGGACCCAAUGGAGUUAUCCUUAAUGGAUUAAAUGUGGGAAAUACACAGACAGUGUCAUUGAACCCACCAAAACUGUCUUCAAACAUUUUGAGCAAUGGUGUAGCCAUGACUGACAUACUGGGAUCUACCUCCCAGGAUGUGAAGGAAUUUAAAGUCCUCCAGAGUUCUGCUGCUAACUCAGCAGCCACCAACUCCUAUAGCCCCAGUGCCCCCGUGUCAUUCCCAGGCCUGAUACCCAGCACUGAGGUGAAAAGAGAAGGCAUUCAAACAGUGGCUUCCCAGGAGGGAAGCUCCGUAGUGACUUUUACUACACCAGUGCAAAUUAACCAAUAUGGCAUUGUCCAGAUCCCUAAUUCCGGAGCAAACGGCCACUUCCUUAAUGGGAGCAUUGGAUUCUCUCCACUGCAGCUGCCUCCUGUCUCAGUGGCAGCUUCACAAGGUAAUAUUUCAGUAAACUCAAGCACUUCGGAUGGGGGCACAUUUACAAGUGAGUCUGCCACAGUCCAGCAAGGAAAGGUUUUCUUGAGCUCUAUUGCUCCCAGUGCAGUGGUAUACACUGUUCCUAAUUCAGGCCAGACUGUAGGAUCUGUGAAACAGGAAAAUUUGGAAAGGAGCCUGGUAUUCAGUCAGUUGAUGCCUGUCAAUCAGAAUGCACAAGUAAAUGCAAACCUGUCUUCUGAAAAUAUCUCGGGGAGUGGCCUCCAUUCACUGGCCUCCUCAUUAGUUAAUGUAUCCCCAGCUCACAAUUUUUCCCUGACUCCCCCUACACUACUAAAUCCCACCGAGCUAAACCCUGACAUUGCUGAUAGCCAGCCAAUGUCUGCACCUGUGGCAAACAAAUCUACUGUGACAUCUGUCAGCAACACUAACUAUGCAACUCUUCAGAACUGCUCCCUUAUUACUGGCCAAGACCUAUUGUCAGUCCCUAUGACUCAGGCUGCCCUUGGAGAAAUAGUUCCUGCUGCUGAAGACCAGGUGGGUCAUGCCUCCCCAGCAGUACACCAGGAUUUUGUCAGAGAACAUCGUUUGGUUCUGCAAUCAGUAGCUAACAUAAAAGAGAAUUUCUUACAAAAUUCUGAGAGUAAAGCAACAAGCAGCUUAAUGAUGCUGGACUCCAAAUCCAAGUAUGUCCUAGAUAGCAUGGUUGAAACUGUCUGUGAAGACCUGGAAACAGACAAAAAAGAGCUUGCCAAGCUCCAAACUGUCCAGUUGGAUGAAGAUAUGCAAGAUUUAUAAACUUUAUCCCCAAACCCUUUUUGUGGCAUCAGCAGCAAAUCUUUUCAUGAAGCCCCAAAUCAAAACAUUUUCCCAUUGAAAGGAAAAUAUCUACUUUUGCAAGUAAAUGCAUUCAAGAAACUUUGGAUUGAUCUGCAUGAAGAUCAGUUAAAAAUACAAUCGUAGAACUGCAUUGCUGCAGCUUUUUUGUUCACACAUAAUGUUCUCUUUUAAAUAGAUGGAGACAAAGGAACAAGAUGAAACGUAUCAAGUCAGAGUAUAUCAUUUAGUUGGCAAUAUCAUUCUAAGGUCAAAAUAGAACUUUAUAGUUUUUUAAAUUAAAAAUGCAUACACCUAACAGAAUUAAGUAUAGCUAAAGACUGUUAGAAACAAUGCAAUUGUUUUUGUUUACUUUUACUCCAUGGGCAUUGAUAAGGUUAAGAAACAAAUGGUACUGCAAACUAUUUUAAGAGUGUUUUUUUUUUUAAGGUUAAAUAGCUUAAAACAUUAUAUAUAUAUGUAUAUGCGUACACACAUUUCUCUUUCAGCGUUUUUGAGGAAGUCUUGGUUAAGUCUCUACACAUUUCCAAAUAUUAUUGCUAACAGUUCAUUGUGGCUGAGGAAGUUUGAACCUCCACAAAAACUCUGAAACACUUCAGUAUGAAUGUAAAUAUAUCAGUUCUGUAAGUAGGAUUUGAGUAAGUACGGUGAAUUUUAUUUAUACUGUGUAUGUUUCUCUUAUACUUCAGGCGUUAUAAACUGAAAAGAAAAAUGUUUUCUUACUGUUUAAUUUAUUUUUAUUGUUUGAACAGGAAGCGAACAUCAUUGUUUCCAACAAAGUUUUACUUUUUUGUAGAAUUUUAAAAACAAUGAUUUUUAUCAGGAGUCUAUUAAGGUCAAUAUUAAUAACACUGAAACAGGAACUCUAACUCCCAAUAUUGGAAUUUUGGUACUUUUUUUCAUACCUUUGUUCUUUAUUUAGCAACACAAUUCAUUUAAAUAUGUUUUAUAUAGAAUUCUAUGUGCCUUUUUACCUUGUGGCCUUUUAUUAGUAGUGAGGUACAGAAGUGUCAACAAAAGCACUGAUGAUUCUUUUCUACUAUCUAACAGGGUCAAUUUCAUCCCAAUUGCUUUAAGUCUGGAGAACUUAAGUUUCACUAAAUAAUAUGUGUUAUGAUUAUCAUGCAAAUGGAUCAAUUAUUAUUGAUGAUUUUUAUUACAGUGAAAAUAAAUUGUAGAAGACCAUGUAAAAUCAAUUAUGCAGCCAGGAAAACAAAAAUUUUAAAGAAAAAAAUAUGUAUUUUUUUUCCUAUUGAGCAAAAUUCUAUCCCAUUGAAACUUCAUUCUUAGUGUUUUGAAUCAGUUAUUACACUAUAACACAUGACUGUUUGCACUAUAUUAACAAGUCUUUUGUAAAAGUAAAUUUUGGGGGUUUCUUUAAGUUUUCUUGAUAACGUUUAUGUUUAUCAGGACUCUGAAUGCAAGAUGUAAUAAUGCAAUUCAUUUAUAUAGUGAAUAAAGUUACCUCUGGCCUCUAAAAAGCCAGAAAAGUGAAAAAUGGUCUCUUCAGUGAGGACUUAAAGUUGUUAAACAUAAAAAUGUUACAUCUUGUUUACUUUAAGAUGUGGACAAAGCGUCCUCUAUAGAGCUCUGCAUGCCCAUCAGCAGAGCAUAUUGAAUAAGGGCCAUAGAGUACUUAACUUUUGCUAUUGUUACAAAUGUAAAUCACAGGCAUAGAUGAAAACACCUAUGUAGAAUUCUCCCUUCAUUUUGAUAAAGAACUUACUACAUCUUUCUUUUUUUUUUUUUUU